UCGUAUAUUCUGUGCGACAAGUUACGACUUAUUACGAGUUAUUUGAAUCGAGCGACAACCACCACUUCACCCACAUACCAUACUAUACUAUAAUGGCAGUCAACGAACUCCCAAAUGCUCCUGCAGAGCACCCUCAUGCAAUCGCACGAUCAGAUUCCUCCACCUCAUCGAGCCCUGAAGACAACAACGAGCCCAUUAUUCACCAGCCCGUCCCUGUCCGACCUGGCCUACCUCAACGGAAAAGCAGCGGCCCUCUAGUUGUCCCUCGCGACAGCUCAGCAGUUGGUCCUCUCGAGCCUGACUUUGGCCCAGAUGACGUCAGGGCGAUGAGCCCCAGGAGAACGAGUGAGGAUCUUGAUAGGAUUGGAAAGGCUGCGCGCGAAGAAAUGCGAAGACACGCCAAGGCAUUACAGGACUCUCUCCUCACAAUCUUCAACCGCAUCGAAGCCGUCCGCGAAGAACAUGACAAGCUCGAUAACAACAACAAGUUCUUGCAAAAGUACAUUGGCGACUUGAUGAGCACUAGCAAGAUCACAGCGACGAGCAGCCAACGCAAGAAAUAAGUCUACCUCAAGACAUCAGACACAAUGUCUUGACUUUCCAUUCACAACCAUCAUACAUCGAUUCGACGGGCUAGAUGUGACUACAUCUACAUCUACACCAACACUUUAGAAGCAUUCGACAUUAUACUUGGGAUUCGCGACUUUUU